CUCCCUCUCUCCCCUCCUCUCUCUGUAUAAAGAGAUGAGCGCAGGAAGGGGCAACAGACGAGUGCGACAGUGUCUCUAUUAGCGCUUAGCUCACACACACCUUCUUCAAUAGAGAUCAGGAAAGAGGAACGGUCUCGCGUCCUUGCUGCCUGUGCUUUGCGGAUGUUUUAGUCUAAAUGGACGAUUCGAGCGAAGGGGAGCAUGUGCUUACGGGUCUAGAUGAGGAGGCAUUAGUGGACCAUGGAAAGAGCAGCUUCACUACUCACACAAACUAUGAAAAGGAGGAUUUGGACAGCCACAGAGCUGUGUAUGUAGGCGUCCACGUUCCUCUUGGAAGGGAGAGCAAACGGAGGCAUCGCCAUCGAGGACACAGACACCACCGAAAGAAGAAAGAGAGAGACUCUGAGGAGGGGAAGGACGAUGGCAGGGAAUCCCCCACUGACACACCAUCCCAGCGGGUCCAGUUCAUCCUGGGAACAGAGGACGAUGACCUCGAGCACGUCCCUCAUGACCUCUUCACUGAGCUGGACGAACUGUCCUUCAGAGACGGCAGUGCCACCGAGUGGAAGGAAACUGCCAGGUGGUUGAAAUUUGAAGAAGAUGUGGAAGAUGGUGGGGAGAGGUGGAGUAAGCCCUAUGUGGCUACGUUGUCACUACACAGCUUAUUUGAACUGCGUAGCUGCAUACUCAACGGCACGGUCAUGCUGGAUAUGAGAGCCAACAGUAUCGAAGAAAUUGCAGACAUGCUGAUAGACAGCAUGGUGGCGUCAGGCCAGCUGAAGGAGGAUUUGCGCUACAAGGUGCGGGAAGCCAUGCUGAAGAAACACCACCACCAGAAUGAGAGAAAGCUUAGCAAUCGCAUCCCUCUGGUGCGCUCCAUUGCUGACAUAGGCAAGAAACAUUCUGACCCACUCUUGCUUGAAAGAAACGGAGAGGGCCUGUCCUCUUCACGUCUCUCUCUCCACAAGGCAGGGUCAGCCUCUUCUGUCACCAACCUCUCCCAGAGACGAGAGUCCAGAGUCUCCAUCCUGCUCAACCAUCUCCUACCCUCCUCUUCCUCCAACACUGGGCUCGCCCCAGGCACCCCGCUCCUCACCACCCCUCAAAAUACCCCUAUUGCCUCCCGGCACUCUUCCCAAACCCAGCGCGCAGGCCUUGGCCCUCAAGACAUCCCCGAAGUUGUGGUAUCACCUCCCGAGGAUGACGACCAUCCACACUCUGCUGAAGAAAAGACAGCGUCACCAGACCUCUGCCGUCGAGCAUCCUCGGCAUCCCGGGGCUUUGAACUGAUGCCCUUAGAAGGACCACUGGUGUCUCCCAACUCUGUCCCCAACAACCUGGAUGGCAACAAGGCUGUGGAGAGGAGACCGUCCAAAGUAGGGGUCAGUAGAGAGGGCAGCAGUGUCGACUUCAGCAAGGUGGACAUGAACUUCAUGAAAAAGAUUCCUCCGGGUGCUGAAGCCUCCAAUGUACUUGUUGGCGAAGUGGACUUCCUGGAGAAGCCCAUAAUUGCUUUUGUACGACUGUCCCCUGCAGUCCUCAUCACAGGCCUCACUGAAGUGCCUGUGCCCACGAGGUUUCUAUUCCUGCUUUUAGGUCCUCAUGGCAAAGGGCCUCAGUACCAUGAGAUUGGCAGGUCCAUGGCCACACUAAUGACAGAUGAGAUUUUCCACGACGUGGCAUACAAGGCCAAAGACCGAACGGAUCUGCUCUCGGGGAUAGACGAGUUCCUGGAUCAGGUGACUGUCCUGCCUCCUGGAGAAUGGGACCCCACAAUCCGUAUUGAACCCCCGAAGAAUGUCCCCUCUCAGAUGAAGAGGAAGAGACCUCCACAACCCAACGGCACUGCGUCUCCAGCUGGAGAGAUGGAGAAGGAAGAUGAGCACAACACAGGGCCAGAGCUGCAGAGGACGGGGAGGAUAUUUGGAGGUCUGUUCCUGGACGUCAAGCGGAAGCUCCCGUUCUACUGGAGCGACAUCAGAGACUCCCUCAAUCUGCAGUGUCUGGCCUCCGUCCUGUUCCUCUACUGCGCCUGCAUGUCCCCUGUCAUCACAUUCGGAGGUCUGCUAGGCGAGGCAACAAAAGGCAGCAUAAGUGCCAUAGAGUCUCUGUUUGGGGCGUCACUUACAGGAGUGGCAUACUCCCUCUUCGCAGGCCAGCCCCUCACUAUUCUUGGCAGCACAGGCCCUGUUUUAGUGUUUGAGAAGAUCCUCUUCAAGUUCUGCACUGAGUACAACCUGAACUACCUGUCCCUGCGGACCAGCAUUGGUCUGUGGACGGCCUUCUUGUGUCUGGUGCUGGUGGCCACAGAUGCUAGCUCCCUGGUGUGCUACAUCACCAGAUUCACAGAGGAGGCCUUCGCUGCCCUCAUCUGCAUCAUCUUCAUCUACGAGGCUCUGGAGAAGCUCUUUCACCUGGCAGAACACUUCCCGGUCAACAUGCAAAACAACCUGGACGAUCUUACCCUGUAUUCGUGCGAGUGCUAUCCACCGGUCAACGCCACGGAUCUGCUCGUGGAGGAGUGGAACCAGACGGGAUACACCCUGGACUCUAUCCCAUGGAGCAGCCUCAACGUAACGAUGUGUCACACACUCCAUGGAGAGUUUAUAGGUUCUGCCUGCGGUCAUCACGGGCCCUACAUCCCAGACGUUCUGUUCUGGUCCAUCAUCCUCUUCUUCACCACCUUCUUCCUGUCCGGCUUUCUUAAGCAGUUCAAGACAGAGAGAUAUUUCCCAACCAGGGUGCGAUCCACCAUCAGCGACUUUGCUGUGUUUAUAACCAUCAUGGUCAUGGUGCUGGUGGACUAUCUCAUGGGGAUCCCCUCUCCUAAACUUAAAGUCCCAGACCGCUUUGAGCCUACUUCAAAGAACAGAGGCUGGCUAAUGGACCCGUUAGGAGAGAAUCCCUGGUGGACAUUGCUGGUGGCGGCACUUCCCGCUCUGCUCUGCACCAUCCUCAUCUUUAUGGACCAACAGAUCACUGCAGUCAUCAUCAACCGCAAGGAGCACAAGCUGAAGAAAGGCUGUGGCUAUCACCUGGAUUUGCUGAUAGUGGCAAUAAUGCUGGGUGUGUGUUCCAUCAUGGGCCUGCCAUGGUUCGUGGCUGCCACCGUCCUUUCCAUCUCCCACGUUAACAGCCUGAAGGUGGAGUCUGGCUGCUCCGCUCCAGGAGAGCAGCCCAAGUUCCUGGGCAUUCGGGAGCAGCGGGUCACUGGAUUCAUGAUCUUUGUGCUCAUGGGUUGUUCUGUUUUUAUGACAUCGGCACUCAAGUUUAUUCCAAUGCCAGUCCUAUAUGGAGUCUUUCUCUACAUGGGUGUCUCUUCCCUCAAAGGAAUUCAAUUCUUUGACAGAAUAAAGCUGUUUGGCAUGCCGGCCAAGCACCAGCCUGACCUGAUCUAUCUGCGCUACGUGCCGCUGUGGAAGGUCCACAUCUUCACCCUGGUGCAGCUCACCUGCCUGGUGCUGCUCUGGGUCAUCAAGGCUUCUUCAGCAGCUGUUGUAUUUCCAAUGAUGGUUCUGGCGCUGGUGUUCAUCCGAAAGCUUCUAGACUUUUUCUUCACAAAGAGAGAGCUGAGCUGGCUGGAUGACUUGAUACCAGAAAGCAAAAAGAAGAAAGAGGACGACAAGAAAAAGAAAGCACGAGAAAAGCUGGCUUCCAAUGCCGUUUUGAUUCAGGGAGAAGAGAAGAGACUACACGAGGAAGAGGAGGGGAACCGGAAGGUCAACUUUGAAGGCUCCAACCUGCUCACCAUCCCCGUGAAAACACUCUCAGGGAGUUCUGAUACUGACCCCUUGGUUGUAAAUAUCUCUGAUGAAAUGGCCAAAUCUGCAGCGUGGAAAGCUGUGAACUCGAGAACAGAAACAUGUCUUCAACCUGUGAAGCGUAGUGAAAGCCAGGAGAAGAUGGCCUGCGUUAAAGUCGAAAUCAGCCCAGACACACCAGGAGGGGGUUCCAGUUCCGAGACCUUCCUGUGAUAAAUCCUCCCCUCUCAAUACCUCCUCCCACAUGACACUUCACCCCGCUGACGAGCGCCAUCAUAGCGGCAGAGGGGGCAUAGAACUCAAGCAGCACAACCCGCCUGCAGUGUGCCCUUCUCCGGGGGCAUUAGGCGAGCUCCCCCCCCCCAUACCACCCCCGGGCCCUGAGUCCCACUCCACUCGACUCUUGAAGUGUGCAGCACAUGCACAAAUGGCUAAUGCACUGAAAAGAAGGAAUUCUGCUGUUACUGCCCGCUGCCGCCGCUCACUGUCGUGGAAGUCUCUCUUCAUCUUGCAAUUUUUCCCGCAUUGAAAGAUGCCAAAGGAACGGGCCUCACUGGUGAGGAUCAUGAACUGUGUAGAAUAACGUUUUACUUUUAAUCCACUAUGUAUUUUCAUUUCAAUUUUACUGUUAUUGUUUUACCCGAUCACAGUACUGUUUAUUUUACACCAUGAGUCGCCCUGCUGUUGUUUUUCAUUCAUUUAGGGUUCAAUUAAGACCUUUCCCGCAACGACACCAGCUUCAAAAUUUGAUUAAAGCCAUUCAAGUACUGUACAGAUUAUAUUUCAUAAUUUGUAUGGCCCUGUAAAUAAAACAAACCAAAAGGGGGUACAUUCAGAUACUACUACUACUGCACCACACUACUCCUCAGACGUCUCUGUGGUGUUUUCUCAUGGAUCAGCUCUCCUCUCACUCAGUAUUGAUAUUGCGGCUCAUAAGUUGGUCAGUUGUUUUCACUGUUCACAGUAUAUGUUAUCUUAUGUGAUAUUAUUAUGUAUGUAUACUGUGUUCUUUUCAUUUGUAAUGUCAUAGAAAACCUACUUCAGAGGCCAUAUGAAGUCUGUACUGUACAGUAAGCACUUUGCCAGUAUAGUUUCUUACCUAAACUCGAUGUAAAAAAAAUAAAUGGUCACUCCUCCAACUAUAUCUAUAAAACUGUUGUUCGAAUGUCAGUUAAAACAACUCAGGAAUCUUGAAUGAUUUCUGACUGUGGUCACUUGAUUUUUUUUUUGUCACAAGGCAGUGAUAAUUAGCUGUCCACUGUAAUCCUUUCAUCGCUGGUUUCACAACUAUUUUAAUAAAUGCUGUAAAUCAUGAGAUAUAGUAAGUUACAAAAAUAAAAAAGAGAAUAUCCGUGACCCAGUUAGAUGCACCAGUUUUUAUACUGUCUGUAUUAUUGUUGGUUAUAGUGUGUGUGUGUGUGGUGUAAAGAUACUUUGAUAUGUUUAGCGUUGCAAAUUAUUUUAUGCAAAAUAUUUCUACAGUUAAUGUAAAGAAAACUAUUAUAUUCUAUGAAGUUGUUCUUACUCUGCUAUGUGCGGUCCUGUUUUAGCAAUAAGUAUUCCAUACUGUGCAGUGUAUGGACUCAUGAACCUGGCUAAUAUGCAGGCAAAGAUUCAUUUGUGAACUGAUUUUUGUGUCAUCGUCUCUGUGUGUAGCUACAGUGACUAUACGGACAAUAGCUUACGUGCCUUGUCGAAGCUCUUUAUGUGUAAGUCUUGUACUGAUAAUUUAAGUGUUCAGAACAGAUGUACAGGUACACGCGUGAUGGCACACACAUGCCAAAGACGGACCAUCAUUACUUUACAAGAGUAAACUAGUACACGGCUCAUUUUCAGAGGCUUAUGUCUGUCAUAGUGGUAUCCCACGUCUGUGUGAAUGUCGUAGCCUGAGCCGCCGACUUAUGAAUUAUGUACCUGAAUUUAUCUUCCAUUGCAAACAUCAUGUACUCUUAAUACUGUGUGUGUUCUGCCGUCACGGCUCUAGUUUGUUCUCACAUUUAAAAGCUCUGUAAACGAUACUGAGGUACUGGUUUUGGAAUGGACAAUGAAUGUUUAGUGAUCAACAAAAAUGAAUAAAGAUGAUGACAUACUGCCAAA